AUGGCGGGGAAAGAGGUGUGUGGAGCGGGUGGGGGCGAGGUGGCUCGAGUCUCGCUUGUGCGCGGCGGCGGCGGCGGCUGUGGCCGGGAGGGUGGGGGCUGCGAGGGGUGUGUCCGCGCGCGCUGUCAGCCGUCGCCUUGACCGUUAUUCGCUCCCCCCCGCUCCUCCCCUUCCCUCAGCGGUGCUUCUUCAGGGGGGUUUCCGAGGGGCGCUGCCCUUGAUCUUGGGAAAGGGGUUGAAGGGGGGGAAACUAAGGCCAGGUAUGUACUUGUGUGCGCGCGCGCGCGUGUGUACGUGCUCGCCUCCGAUCUGUUAUUGGCCGAGGUUUUUUUAUUUCGCUGCUGCUGGCGGCUCGUUCCGAUCUCCGUGUCGCAGGGGUGGGAAUCUCCUUUUUUGGGGGUUCACGUGUGAACGUGGCGUCUUAGACACGUGUUGAGCUCGCUGAAGUCGGCGGGAGUAGUUAGGGGCAGAGACGGCUGAGGGGUGGUAAGGAGGACCCAGCAGCUUUCAGACCGCAGGUGGAGAUGCUGGUCGCAAAUAUAAUCUUGUGCCAACCAAGCGAAAUAUGGAGCUGUAGAGUUGGAAGGGACCCCAAGGGGUCAUGUAGUCUAACCCCCUGCGGUGCAGGAAUAUGCACGUAUGGGGAUCAAACCUGUGACCUUGUUGCAGUGGGUCAGGCUGUUAAGCAGUAGGUUGGUGGAGCAAGCUCCCCACAGGCAGGAUUCCUGCAUUGUAGGGAGGUUGAAUUAGAUGAUGGGGGAGUCCCUUCAAACUCUACAAUUACAGUGGUACCUCGGGUUAAGUACUUAAUUCGUUCCGGAGGUCCGUUCUUAACCUGAAACUGUUCUUAACCUGAAGCACCACUUUAGCUAAUGGGGCCUCCUGCUGCUGCCGUGCCGCCGGAGCACAAUUUCUGUUCUCAUCGUGAAGCAAAGUUCUUAACUUGAAGCACUAUUUCUGGGUUAGCGGAGUCUGUAACCUGAAGCGUAUGUAACCUGAAGCAUAUGUAACCCGAGGUACCACUGUAUAGGAUUCUAUGAACCAGUGCUUGUGGUGUGUGUUCAUGUAUGUAGAUCCUACUCUCAGUUUGUUGGCUGCCACCAAAAGUAAGCUUUGAAUACAGGAGAUGAGAAAAGUUACACAGUUUCAAGUGUCACAGCCUUCCCUGCUGUGCCCUUUUGUUGAUAUCGCCUUUUACCAUAUGUUUCGCUCAGGUCUUAAGCGUGAUGCCGGGACAGCAGGGAGAAUUUACCUGUGUGACCUUGCCUGAGCUAAGGAUUUAAAUGAUCCCAGGAUUUGACUAGCCAUUACUUUCAUUAUCAUUACCACCAUUGCUAUUGAUAUUGACCCUUCACCAGUGGGUGCCAUUCACCAGCAGGUGCCGUUACAGCAAUUAAAUUUUAAAACAGUUUAAAGAGAUCACAAUCGCAGGAAUGGGGUGGGCCCUGAAAGCACACAUCUCGGGUGUCAAGGACGAAGGAAAAUAGAUGUGAAUGUGGAAUGAGGCAACUGAUACUGGACAGUCAUGAAACAGCAGGAAAGUGUUGCUUAUAUAAAUAUAUCAUCAUCAUAUUUUUAGUGCCAGGGUGAGGGAAAAGACGCUUGUGGGAUGUUGUUCUGCCACUGUUGCCAAAAUAGCCUUGACUUUGGGAGUGGGGAAACGAGGGCUGCCAUUUGCUCCAUUUCAGGCAGCAAAAUGCGUCGGAGUGGUCCUGAAUGUGGCAAGGUGUCCAUGCUACACUGAAUAAGCAAAUUUUCAUGUUUUCCUGGUGCAUUUUAAAAUUGAGCCAUUAGCACAGCAUUUUUAUAGGUCAUUUAAGAACUUGGUAUGCAGGACUUAAGCAUGUUUAAUUUAAAGUAAGGCUGCAAUUUGAAGAGCACUCAGUUUGGAGGAAAUCUUGUUAAAGUCUGAGUGGUAGGCUCAUCUAAGCUUAGUUCCUAGUCAACAUGUUUUGUGUUGCUACGUCAAGUGUUGUAAGUACACACAAACUGAGUUUUUUAUAUUAAGUAACCAAUAUUAACAAUGUUUAUCCACAUUUCUCCCCAUCAUUAACGUAUACAGAUAAAUGGUGCUGUUACUGUGCAAUCAUAACUCUGUUUACACAGAAGUAAGUUUUAUUUGAUUGAGUGGGACUUAUACCAGGGUAAGUGGUGUUAGAAUUGCAGCCUGCCUUAUGUAUGGAAUAUAUUUUAGUUAAUAAAAUAUCUCCAUGUGUGCAAACAACCUUCUCUUAUUCUAACAUAGUUGUGCAAAUAUGAAAAAUCACCACUUAAAGACCACUUAACAUAGCUCUUGUGUAAAGGUUUAUGUAAGUGUACCUCUUGAUAUGUACUCUUGUAGAAUCUUACAGACUAAAAGUUACAUUUUUGUCUUUAGAAUAUGUGUGGGUGGUGACUGGCUUUGAGGGAGCAAUAAAUAUAUUUGCAAACCGUAUUACCUGCUCACAAGUAACUUAAUUCCUGCUGAGAAAUUACAUGUGGCUGGGUUUCAAACAAAAAAAUUGUUUAAAUUGUUUGUUUUUUACAGAUUAUAAUUUCAGAUAUUACUGA